GCCCACCCAUCCUCGUCCAUGUCAUCACGAUCAUCACAUGCAGUUUCCACGUCCUCCAACCCUGGGUGAAGACGAAUUUACUAUUGGAAGAUUCAACCUACGUUUUGGUUGGGAGCACGCAUAUCGGGAUCAGCAUGUCCUUUCAUAAACAUUACAUCGGGUACCUUGUCUUCUUUCGAAAGUAUCGACAGCCAGUUGGUGGUGGUCAAUCUACCCAGAGGGAAGGCACUACCACCGCAAACGCCAAGCAAGUCCAUCAAUCGCGCCCUCUUUGUCUGUGGUCUCGCGGGUCUGUCCUGUUUCACUUUGUUUCCUUCACUCCGAUGGGUUGAUCACCAAUUGUCGCGUCUUACUGCACAGUUGUUUCCUCCUUCGCGCCACCUCCUUCGGAGUGUCAACCACAUUGCAUUACAAUUCUCGCACGCCCCAACAUGGUACACUUACCCAACGAGCUGUGGCUCGAGAUCGCCAGCUAUCAUGUCGUGCCCGAGAUGGCAUGUACACACGCUUCCCGCCAAACACUCAUCGCCUUGUGCCUUGUGUCGAAACAGCUCUGUGCUGCCAUCCAGCCGCUGCUAUACCACGACUUCACCAAGUUCGCUCGACCGUCCGCUGCAUAUCGACUCGCUACCAAGGACUCGGAAUGGCUGCACAAGUACUAUCAGCGUGACAUCCGCACUUUUCGCACGGUCAGCAAGACGACUCGGCUCGAAAAGUUUUUUCGCACCUUGAUCAAUCGACCCGAUCUCGCUGCUGAGAUCAGGUAUCUUAGCAUCGAAGAGUUCCAUGACACCAACGCAAUACCAUACUGGUUCAAUGGCCUGUACGAUAAACUACCCUUGAAUCGCACAAUCUCAACCCUGUUCGCUCGUGCACUCAAAAAUUCAGCGGCAAUCGGCCUUCUGAGCCGUACACCUCAGAUCACCUGGGAUAAGCACCUUCGUGAUGGCAUCGAGGGUGUAGAGGUUGCUCUGCUGCUAAUCCUUGUACCGCAACUGCGCUCGUUGUCUCUUCAGUCGAUAGAGACUACAAUUGACUCUCACGUACAAGAGCUUUGCGAUACAGUCCUGGGGGCCGCUCCGCUAUACAGUCCUCUCAAACAACCGUCAAAAAUCCCGGUCGGAAAUCGCUCGCAGUUGCAGAGACCCCUCGAGAUCUUCCCUGUCCUGAGGUCUCUCAAGCUGCAAUCACGCUGUAAUAAAGAUUACCGUGACUCCCUACAGCUCCGCCACUGCCAGAACCUGCUUUCACUGCCUAAUUUCACACACUUCGUCGGAUCGUGCCUUCAAGACAGUCUUGACCCUCUGGGACAGCUCUCUUACCACUCAUUGGCCCAUCUCCGCCAUGUAGAGUUGAAGCACUGCAAAGCCAUUGGUCCAUGUCUGGAAGCAUUUUUGAGCCAAUGUACAGGACUCAGAUCGCUCAAGAUCGACUCUGACCACGCGUUCAGUCCAUGGGGAAAUAUACCUUCCAUCAGCACGAACUUCUUCACCAGUCUCCAGACAAUGACAAACACCCUUGAGCGUUUAAUUCUAAUGCUCCCCGAGUACGAAAACACCAACGUUCUAGAUCUAAGCGCCUUUGGACAACUCCAGUAUGUCGAAGUCGACAUGUCUUUGAUGAUUCGAGACGACUAUUCAUCUUGCAUCGACGAGCUACUACCGCCAGGCAUCCAGGAAUUGUAUGUUCGAAGAGCUGGGCAUGAAAUUGUCUCACAUCUGGAGUCCUUACUACCCUUCAGUGCCGACAAUCCACACUUGGCCGACCUCAACUCUGUGAGAAUCGCUUUGUGGGAUGAAGACGAUGAUGACCUCAUGAGUGAGCUCUCUGAGAUUGAAAUAAAGGCAAUGGACCAUAUGUUCAACUUCGAUUUCGAAAUCGAGGGUGUCUAUUCUCACUGGUGGGCUCAUCAUUACGAAACUGAUUCCGACCUUGAGUCGAAGCAAGACUCCGAGGACUUCGGUCCCGAACCAUUCCAAUCGGACUACGACGAAGAGGGCGACGGGAAUUGAUGCGACUCGAGGAAAGGACAAGAUAAAAACAAAGGGAUUCAAGCAGCGAGAGAAUGGAAAGGUGAUGAACAAGCUGAAGGGAGGAUACUGGCAAGAUGAGAGCGCUAUUCAGAAACUCAGCACUCUAUCUCUUUCAAAUAUCAUACCUCCCAGUGUGCAGAAUACCGUGACACCUCUCCUCCUGCUGAUCGAAGCAGGCAACGACGAGCCAUAGAGAGGCACAGUCAUAUCUAGUGUCGGUGAACCUAGCGCGGGGAGUCGUAAACACGAACUAUCUCGACGACAUCGUAGCAAGUUGAGAAAGGAUGGUGCUUUGAGGCAACUCUAAGUGUGACCGUGUUUCGCGCGGGGGGAGGCAGCAUAGACUAAAGACCACAUCUGCUCCGAAUAUGCAUGUUCUUUCCUACUAGCUAGAUAGUCGGCCACCUAUCUCCUCA